AUGGAAACAAUCAAAUCAGAAACAACAGUAAAUUUUGUUGGUCACAUAGACACAACUGUGAAUUAUGGGGGUCAACCAGAAUCAACUGUGAAUUAUGGUGGUCAACCAGAAUCAACUGUGAAUUUUGGUGGUCAACCAGAAUCAAUUGUAAAUUAUGGUGGUCAACCAGACACAACUAUGAUUUAUGGUGGUCAAUCUGACACAGCUGUGAAUUAUGGUGGUCGACCAGACACAACUAUGAAUUAUGGUGGGCAACUGGACACAACUAUGAAUCAUGCAGGUCAACCAAAAACAACUAUAAAGCAACUAGAAACAACGGUGGAUUAUGGUUGUCAACCAGCAACAACUGUAGAUUACAGUGGUCAACCAGAAAUAACAGUUAAUUUUGGUAAUCAACCAGAAACAAGUGUGAAUUAUGGUGAUCAGCCAGAAACAAUUGUGAAU